AGUUUAAAAAAAACACACGAAAGAGGAAAAACCUGCGUUUUGAAUUAACGUGCACUAAUCGAAGAUAUUUGUGGCAAUUUAGCAGCGCUGCCAGACUUUUGGCAGCUAGUAAAACAACGACCUGCAGCGAUGUUCAUUAACAGUGCCUCAAUAUUGCGUUAAUCGAAUAAGAAAAAUCGGCGUUGAAUACAUCGCUGUUAAAAAAAAUCUACAGAGUACAAAGAACGACUCAGAUUUGCGUUAACGGUAAGCAGCUGACUGCCCAUGUGGAAAGUAUUCAUUCGACGUCACAGCUAUCAAAGUAAGGUAGCUCCUAAUCGCGAGGGCGCCCGAUUGAUUAUACGCCGUCUACAAAAAACUGUUUUGCGAAUUUUGCGUGAUCCCGAUUUCAGGAUGUCAAAAUCAUCAUUUCAGCAGAAGCCAGCGGAACCAGAACCUCAGGUGGAUGGUGCGCAAUUUAACGUGCAUCGAAAUGGAAAACCGGAUAGCAAUUGUCGCACAUGCAACGAUUUCAAGUCAUGGUCCAAACAGCAGCGCCUUAUAUCAAAUACGCAAGCAGCUAAGGAAAAGCAUAUAGCCGCCAGCGAAAAGCUAACUGUAAAUGCAGCCGGCGUCGCCGCACCCCGAGAAGACUGCCCCUUGGAUAAGGUACGUCUUGGCAUAUCUACUUGGGGCCUGCUGCAUACCAUGGCUGCCUUUUAUUCCGAUAAUCCCACUGACACAGAAAAACGAGAUAUGCGCACCUUUUUCGAAGUACUCUCGCGUUUAUAUCCAUGCGAGUAUUGUGCCAAAGAUUUUCGCUCAGAUAUCGAAGUGAAUCCCGUAAAUGUAAAUUCACAAAAGGAUUUAGCUAUGUGGUUGUGCAAGUUUCAUAAUCGAGUCAACGACAAGCUUGGUAAACCACUCUUCGACUGCAGCAAAGUGAAUGAGAGGUGGCGUGACGGCUGGUUGGAUGGAUCCUGUGAUUAGGCUUAACAUAAUAAGCUGCAAACAUAGAUACGCACGCUUAUAUAUAUAAGUA